AUGGCCGGCUACUCUCGCGCACCAGUCUUGGCACGAGAAUUAAAUCAUUCUUCGACCAACCUUCUACCUCGCUGGUUGUCUCUUUUCUUCCGGCCUGGAGACCCACAAACUGGUGACCCGAACGUGAUGAGUUUUGCGGCCAUGUCGCAGCCCCCAGCAACCGCGGCGACCGGUAUCUCCACCCCUCAGGUUGUCCAACCUAGCAUCUCCCACGUAGCAGUCAAGAUCCCGCCAUUUUGGAGUUCAAAUCCGGCGGUUUGGUUUUCCCAGGUGGAAUGCCAGUUCCACCUCGCAGGUAUUACCAGCCAAUCCACCAAGUACUUUCACGUCGCCGCAGCACUACCUCCCGAAGUGGCCAACGAAGUCUCUGACAUUCUCUGUGCCCCGUUGUCCACUGACCCUUACGACACUCUGAAGAAGGCGCUUAUCGAGAGAACAACCGCUUCGGAACGUAAACGUCUGCAGCAACUGCUGUCCGCUGAAGACCUUGGCGACAGGAGACCAUCCCAACUCCUUCGACACAUGCAGAAUCUCCUUGGAACCAGGGCUUCAACCAUUGACGAACCCCUCCUCAAAGAAAUGUUCCUGCAGCGACUCCCGCCCACCGUGCAGAUGCUGCUUGCAACUGCUACAAAUCUGCCAAUAGUCGACUUGGCGGCGCACGCCGAUAAGAUCAUGGAAGUGGCUGUCCCCACCAUCGCCUCUGUUAAGGCCUUCGACGCCACUUCGCCCAACGCCAUGCCACCGAUACCAUGUACUAACACGGCCCAUGUCAACCCUAACCAAGGUUUGCCUCAAAACGCUCCCGACAGCCUCGAAAGCCUGCGGGCAGAGGUUCACCAGAUGUCAUCGCUCCUCGCAGCCGUCCUUCCGCAUCAAGAUUCCCCGGCCGCCUCCGCCCCACACGCGCCACGGUCCUGGCGGCGCCCCGGUUCCCCCCGUCCAGUUCGGCGACCACGCUCACGCACUAGGGAACCUCUGGAAAACCCCUCAGAUUUCUGCUUUUACCACUGGUCUUUCGGCGCCAGCGCACGCAACUGUCAACCUCCCUGUGCCUGGCCGGGAAACCGCCCAGGGAAUCGCUAG